AUGAAUAUAAAAUGGUUACCAAAUAUAUCUCUUCUUAAUUAUAAGAAAAAAAAUGGAAAACAGAAAUUUGUGAGGAGCCGCAAACGGUUUCGUACCAUAACAUGGAAAUACACCAAAACGAUUGGGCCCUUUGCUUCGUUUAUAUACAUAUUUAACCAGAGCAUAGGAUCAGGCCUAUUUGACAUUCCAAGCCUAAUAGAUGAAGUAGGAUGGAUCCCAGUAAUUUUCGGAAACCUGUUCGUCUGCUCAGUGGCCGUUUUUUGCAGCCUGAUGAUAUUAAGAGCCAUGACGAUGAUACCGAAGAACAAAAAUUUCGAGCAGAGAAUAGAGUACAGCGCAGUUAUAAAAUAUUUCAUGUCGAAUAAAAAAUAUAAAUUUGUCUCCUUUCUCUACCACUUGGGAAAUUUAUGUAAUAAUAUUUGUGGAAUACUUGUCAUAUCAAAGAUCGUAGACAUUUUCAUUAUAAAAUUAUUUGGAAGUACCAUUUUAUUUCAAGUUUAUCCCCAAAUAAAGGUAUCAAAAUGUUCUCUUUCCCUUUUGGAUACCAUGUACAAUGGUUAUUACUACUCCAGCACGGGGCACUACGAAACGGUGGUCAUCGGGGGGGUGACCAUAGGCUACAUCAUCAAUGCAAUUAUAUGUAUACAUUUAUCAUCCAAAGGGUUGGAAGAAACUAUAAAUUAUCAGUAUGUCGUUUUUAUGAUUUUUAUGACGUCUUUUUUGUAUCUCUCCGUUUCCUCCACCAUAUAUUUGCUCUCCCAGAAUUAUGUGGACCAAAAUGGGACACUCAGCAAAGUGGACGUGCAUAACAAUUUGAUAUUAAAUAGGGCCCAUUUAGAAACUGAUUUGGUGAAAAAUUAUCUCAAAUAUAAAGACAUAAAUCAUGUGAAAAAAAAUCCCCAGUUGUGUAGAGCUGAUCCGUUUUUUGAUCGGUGCCCAGUUAAGGACCAGUUUGGAAGAAACCCCUUUUCAGUGGAAAGUGGAGAAAAUGAAAGGGUGGUUAGGAGCAGUCAUGUUUGGGGAAACCUCCAGAGGGAGGUACAGAGGGAGGUACAGAGGGGGUCCCUACACAGAAGAGGCAAAACAUUCAGCUGCUCCUGUCUUUCGCUAAACCCUUUGUACCAAAAGAAGGCAUACAUUUUCCGCAACAGUAUUUUUUACUUCACCGUUUCCAGUUGCUCAUACGGGAUGAAUGCCAAAAAGGCUGCCUCGCUGCGGCAUUUUUAUUCGGUGUACAAAAUUUAUCACUCACUGGAGAGAAGCGGUGGGGGAGUUGCAAGUUGGAACGGGGCCGAGUGGAGACACUCCAAAGGGGAGGAGCGCAAAGGGGCGGAUCGCCAACGGGAGAGGCGCAAAACGGACGAACAGAACAAUCGCGAAGGGGGCAAAUUUAGCGGGGCGCGCUACCCUAACGGGGGGGAAGAAGCGCAGAAGCAAAACAAAAUGUUCUUUACAAAUUUGUACCACAUGAUAAGCAGGAUAGAAGGAAUAAAAAGCUACUGCAUGGGAAAAACCUUCGCCAAUUUUAUCGAUUCUUACGGAUUCGUGAGUAACAUCCCCUCAUGGGGAAAUGAAAUAACGGAUGAUGUAAAUGUAUCCAAAGCUAUCUGGCUCACAGUCAUUUUGAGCAGUAUUUUCUACUUCAUAUUUGGCCUCAUAUUUUGCCUGAACAAUUCGUUUCAAAAUAUUAACACCUCAGUUUUGUACCUCUUUAACUUCGUCGCUGUAGCCCCUAAAGUCAUCACGGGGUCUAUAUCCAUGCGUUAUGAUUUAAUGAAUUUGGACAUCUGCUCCGAUAACGCCGCUUUUUUUUUUGGAUGCAUCGCGCCCUUUUUAUCCGCAUGGAUAUUUUCAAAUGGCAUCAUCUUCUCAGAUGCGUUUAAUUAUACAAGUUUAAUUUGCGGCCUCUUUUGCAAUUUUCUGUCUCCCGCAUUUGCCUACAUAUCCGCAUGUGAAAGCAACAAGUCCUUUUACAAAAACCCAUUAAGAAAGUAUACAAUUGUGAACAGGAAGAAGACCGUUUUUUCCAGCAGCUCGGACAUUCGAAGGGCUCUGGGGAAUAUAAUCGACACGUUUGACGACGAGGAGGGGGAGAAGCACGCAGUGGAGGACAGCGACGAGAGGGAUAAGAAGUGGAGGGGGGGAGACAAUUAUCAACUGCGAGGUCGCGGUGAAGAGCAGGAGGAGGACGCGGAAUUAGAAGCAGAAUUCGAAGCGGGAUUGGACGCGGGAGCGGCACUAGGGUACAGGAGAUCCUUGUCCCUAAAUCGGUACGCCAGUCAGAGAGAAUCAAAAUUUUCUUCCAUUAGCAGAAGCUCUUACUUCAAAUUUGUAAGCGGAGAAUGCCUACCGAAAAGCUACUCCAAGGGCAGCACUGGGCAGGACUCCCUAUCGGAGAGAAACUCAAGUGAUUUUAAAUUUGCAAAUAAUUAUGACGGCAGUGGGGGGGUACACACACAUGGAGACACAGCAGAAGAGCAGCCAUUUCGCAUAAAGGGAGAUGGCACCAGCAGUAGUGCUCUUUUGGGAAAAAAUGGGAAGAAGAAGAAGAAAAAAGGCGUGAUGUUUUCUGACGAAAUAGAGGAGUGCUCUUCACGGGAAAAUUUCAAGUCCAAAAGGGGUUGCAGUUAUGGUGAAAUUGGAGGGGAAGAGGAGGCCACUCUGGGUAGCGAUCGAUGUACAAAGGGGAGCCACUCGAACGAUAGGGACAUUUGUGGAGAAACAGAAGAGAUGCCCUUUUUGAAGCAGAGCAGACGAACAAACCAACGUGACGAUACAUGGGGAAGCAGAAAUAGCUCCCAUGAAAUUUUAGAAGAUGUUAAGAUGCAAGAAGUGAAAAAGGAAAAAAAGGUAAAAAAAAAAUUAAUGUUUUCAGAUGAGGUUCAACUGUGCAGUGAGGUAGACGAAGCCGCAGAAGGGAAAAGAAAAAAUUCCAAAGGAGUAACAUUUGCAGAAGAGUCGAAGGAACCCGCCGUGGAGGAUGCAAAGCAUGCGAAAAGGGAAAAAAAGGCAAUGUCGGUCUCGCUCAAUGUGCAACUUUGCAGUGAAGACGUAGACGCAACGAAAAAAAAAAACAGCCAAUUUGGCAUAACGGUAAAUGACGAAGCGGUUCCUGAAAAAAGGGGGGAACAAAGAGGAAGCCUCAAUCCAGCAAGUGACCCUGAAAAUGUGGCACCAAAUGGGAACAGUGAGGGGCAGAAAACAAGCCUAUUUGAGUGCGAACGUGGAGAAGAAACCGAGUCGGUGGAGCCUCAGAAGGGGGAGCCAGAGCCAAGUGCACCAAGCACUAGCCAGAAUGAACAGCAAACUGGGCAAAUUAGCAAAAAGGGAUCUGCAGAUUUGCAUGACCAAGAGGUAGAUAACCCGGUGGUGAAAAGCGUCAACCAGGCAUGUCCAGCGGAAGUUUCCCCCCACUAUAAAAUAAACACAAUAAGUAAUAAUGAGUGCGUAGCGAGUGGCGGAGAAAAGGCAAAACGGUGCGCAAAGGACAGUGGGGAAGAUUGCGAAAUUGACCCGGGCGACCAAAACGGAACAGCAGCAAAUCAUUCAGAAAAUGAACAUACGCCCGGUGCAGAGAAAGCAAAACUUGGAGAAAAGGAGGAGGAGGAGAAGAAGAAGAAAGGAGGAAACCUUCUUUGUGUCCGUUUCGAGGAACAUACACAGGAAGAAACUGCCGCAACGUUGCCCGAAAAUAUAACCGCAAAGAUUAAGAACGUCAUGCAGUAUGAGCGAAAUUUUAGCGACUCUGCAAUAAAUUACGAUGCGAGGAAUCAAAUGAAAAAACUGGAAAUGAAAGGAAAUGAAGUUAUAAGAAAAAACAGGAGUUUCGAACAGCCAGAACAAGUCUUUAAGCGUCAGAGGGAGAAACUAAAGUCUCACUACAAAUGCUCCAUUUCAAAUGUGCUAGGAAGUUUUGCCAAUUAUGAUGAUAUAAUAAUACAAGGCAUGGAGCACUUAGAGAGGAAGGAAAUAAACGGAGAGAAUCUUCUUAAGAGCACUUCAAACGGGUUCGAAGAAGAGAACGAAUUGGGUCCGCCUAAUGGGAACAGCUCACGGGUGGGUUCUACCAAUGACAAGUCCUUUGUCGAAGACACGCUCGUUGAAGAAGCGGAUGAGACGCUUAAUAAGGAAAACACAUUUUCCUCUUUUGAAAAGGAUGAUGCGGAUGUUAUUCCGAAUGUGCUGGUACACAAAACAUGCGAAAGGGAUGGUGACAUUGGCAAGGGCCGCGAUGGAAGCAAAAGGGAACCCUUUUCGGAGCAUAUUCAACAGGUGCAAGCAACCGAAACAGGGAGCUUCGACCAUGCUGCCAUGGGAGGAAGGACGUAUAGCAUUCAUUUGAGGAAAGAAAACUCAAAGGAUGACGAAAUUUUAAUUAAUAACCUGAAAGAUUUAAGUACAGAGCAGGGGUUAAACAAGAACAGUUUGCAACCAGGGCAGUCGUUACACGUAAGCCAAAUGGGAAACCCUACUGGGGGACACUCACAAAAAUUUCCUUUCGAUGAUGCGUUUAUUUCUAAACAUUCCAACAAUCGUGAGGCUAACAUGAAUAUGUGCAAAAUAAAUCUGCUAAUAAAUAACACCAGCUAUAGAGAUGAACGAGACGCGCUGCUUAAGCAUUCCAAGUCGGAUGCACUAGCGGGGGAGAAGCACCAUAAGAUGAGUGCCCUUUCAACAGAACAAGGUGAAAAUACCCAUAAUGAACAGAAUUCCCCACCUUUGGGAGAGCACAAAGAAGAUCCGCAUCUGCUUUCAUUUUCAUUUCGAAACAAUUUUAACAAACAAAAGUGUGCAUCGUGUGAAAUUAUAUCGCUACCUGAGCAUGCUACCAUUCCGCAAAGAAAAAUGAAAACUUUAAACUACCAGGACUCCGUUAACGAGAUGGAUACCGCCAAUGAGCUUCACAAAAAGAACACCCUUUUUGUUAGGCAACGGAAAAAAUUAAAAUCCUCCUUUCAUGCAAACGGGGAUAUGAUAACAGGAAAUCAUAAAGAAGCAAUACACAAAGAACAAAUUAACGAAUUUCGAAAACAGAUAAGCAAAGAAUCGUGCAUACUUAACUACUACGAUGAUGAGAAAUGCACAGACGUAGCGCAAGGGGAGGCCUGUCAAAUGGGUGAAGAGAAGCUGGAUCAAGUGGUUACCAAAAAGAAAGUUGCAGAAAACAAGGCAGAGUUAGAAAUACCAAUACUACAUAUAAUGAAAUCGUAUGAAGGGCAAGCGGCAUCCCCUGACGUAGAUGUGGCGGUGAAAGAUUCGGUGGAACCAAAAUCCAAGGGGGACCCGAGACGAAAAACGUGCUACAAAUUUGCGGACAUUUCGAAACUGAUGAGUGACAUAGAUCUGGGUGAAUUCGAUUCUGCAGAGGGUGAGAUGGUAGAUGGGGGGCAUCACACCGUGGUAGACAGGAAUGAGGCAAUGCAGGGCGAAGAUAAAGCAGAUCACUUCUCAACCCCAGCAAAUGAUACAAAUUUGAAAUCUGAUGAGCGUGUUAACUUGAGCGAGGAAAAGGACCCAUCCGCAGAAACCGAAAAACCAGAUGUUGUAAAAAAACUCGAAAGAAUAUACUCCGCAUUGUCAACUAAAUUGCACUCGGAAGAUCCAGAAAUGUGCACAAGUGAUGACCAUGAUCAUACGGACUGUGUUGAUUUUCGCUGUUUUAAAAUUAUAGACAAUGUUAGCCCUGUUAAAUAUUACUACAAUGCCUUCCAUAGGAGUAAAAUUUUGGACUCGAAAAAAUAUGACCAUAUUUAUUCAAACGACUAUAUGAUAGAUGACAAAACGAAUAUGGACCACCUGUGCUCCAUUUUCUUGUUUGGAAAUCCUUUGGAAAGAAGUGAGGAAUGCGCGGAUGGUAAUAGCGGUGGUAAUGGCAAUAGCAAUAGUAAUAGCAAUAGCAAUAGUAAUGGUGAUGGUAAAAAAGGCGUGGGCGCAGGUGACGAGCAGACAGACGCGACUAGCGAUGCUCAGAACGAAAGGCUGAACCAAGACAGGGGCGAGUCUGCUGCUACUUUUGAGGACCAAAAAGAAGACACUUCCUCCACAUCAGGUUUGUAUGAAGAAAAGGGUCCUCUUAUUAAACGGUCCUUUUCUGGAAGCUUAGAAAGUCACAGUGAAAUACUCAAGAGAUGUAUAUUUGAAAAAAGUGACCUAAGCGGCGGCAGCGUUCUUUCUCGAAGGAAGCCCAACAUAAAAUUUAGCCUCAAUGAGGAAAUUAUAAACACGGAGGUACCAAAAAAGAGGAAAAGAAAAAUAAACCAUGAGUUAAACGACAUAUUUCGCACCAACGACAUCGUUGGGGACGCAAGGAAAAGCUCUGACAAAAUAGAAGUCAUGAAAAUUAGGAUCCACGUGUACCCAGCCCUUCUCCAAAAAUACCACGUAGAAACAACUUACUUGUUACUGGGGUGUCUAACCGUUUUUUCGUUCGUCGGUAUUAUAACCGAUUUUUUAUUUGGCUAA